AUUUACUCAGUUAAUUUUAGUUGGUUGGAUGAUCCAUAUUGAAAAGGCAGGUAGCUUGACCUCGCUUAUCCCUGUUUUUUAGGAAUCCAAACUCGCUUUCCCCAAAAACCAUGAAUUGUUUGCGUACCCUUUUACAAUUGGUGGCUCUGAUUUUCCUUUUCACUCUUUUGUCUUUGGCCUCUGCCUCCGACACCUCUGAAGUCUUCGAAAGCUGGUGCAAGGAACAUGGCAAAACAUACUCUUCCGAAGAAGAGAAACGCUACAGGUUCAAAGUGUUCGAGGACAACUAUGCCUUUGUCGCCCAACACAAUCAAAUUGGAAAUUCUAGUUACACCCUCUCCCUCAACGCUUUCGCCGAUCUCACCCACCAUGAAUUCAAGGCCUCUCGUCUCGGUUUGUCCCCUUCCUUGCUUAGAUUCAACCGUGUCCAGGAUCAACAACCCGAUCACCAUUUGAAUGUUCCUUCUGAGUUUGAUUGGAGAAAGAGCGGCGCGGUUACUCCGGUCAAAGACCAAGGAAGCUGUGGUGCUUGUUGGUCGUUCUCUGCUACAGGUGCUAUUGAAGGUAUAAAUAAGAUUGUCACUGGGUCUCUUGUAAGCCUUUCUGAACAAGAACUGGUAGAUUGUGAUAGAACCUACAACAGCGGUUGUGAUGGGGGUCUCAUGACCUAUGCUUACCAAUUUGUCAUUGAUAACAAUGGGAUUGACACUGAGGAAGAUUAUCCAUAUCAAGGUCGUGAUAGUUCUUGCGAUAAGAACAAGUUAAGAAGGCAUGUUGUUACAAUUGAUGGUUACACUGAUGUGCCACCAAGUAACGAGAAAAAACUACUAAAGGCUGUUGCAUCCCAGCCUGUGAGCGUGGGCAUAUGUGGUAGUGAUAGAGCUUUCCAGUUAUACUCAAAGGGUAUCUUUACCGGGCCAUGUUCAACUUCUUUGGAUCAUGCAGUGUUGAUUGUAGGAUAUGGUUCAGAAAAUGGUGUAGAUUAUUGGAUUGUAAAGAACUCAUGGGGAUCAUCUUGGGGAAUGAAUGGUUACAUACACAUGAUACGAAACAGUGGCAAUUCCCAAGGACUAUGUGGAAUCAACAUGUUAGCUUCAUAUCCUACCAAGACCAGUCCUAACCCUCCUACCCCACCUCCCCCAGGUCCUACAAAAUGUAGUCUGUUUACUUACUGUUCAGAAGGGGAAACAUGUUGCUGUGCUAGGCGCCUUCUUGGAAUAUGCUUUUCAUGGAAAUGCUGUGGGUUAACUUCUGCUGUGUGUUGUAAGGACAAGCGCUACUGUUGCCCCCAAGAUUAUCCUGUUUGUGAUACAAGAAGGGGCCAAUGUCUUAAGAGAAUUGCAAAUGGAACGACAACAAUGGCAUCUGAGAAAGAGGGCUCUUUCCGUAAGCCAAGAGGAUGGGAAUCUCAUUAAGGUUUUAUGUUUUACGUCAUCCAUUUGUAUUAUUCAGCCAUUCUAGUUGCUCUCCUGUUUGUAUUACUAGUAUCCGUUUACGGUUCAAAAGCAAACAAAUUUUGACGAAUGGAUUAUAUUCAUUAUGGUAUGGGGAUAUUGAUAGGGUAGGGAAUGUGCGUACAAUCCGAGUGUAAUACUGCAGAGUACACAUCUAUGUUUUGGUAUGUAUUCUUGCCCACAGGCCACAGCUUUAUUAGCAUAAAGUUGUUAAUACGAGAAUGUGACUUAUGAAGACAAUUCUUGUAAUAACUUGCUUCUUAAGUUCGUGGGACUAGAGACAAGGACAAGAAUGUGGUAUAUACUGCCCCAAGAAACAGCCCCGAGGCCUCUCCUAGAGCCUGUUCUGUCUCAAGUUAGAUUACAAUUGCAGAUGAUGUGUUGUGAUUUUCAAGAUUGGUGAAAAUGGGAUGAAUAAUUGUGUUCAUUUCGGUUGUUUAUGGCAUACUUGGAUUAAUAGUUUACAUAUUGUUGGAUGAUGAAAUAUGUGAAAUAGUGGUGUUUAUUAAGGAGACAGGUGGUGGCAAAUUAUUGUGCCCAAAUAAUAGGUAGACAGUCAAAAGAAGUGUGUCUGCACGCAGUUAGAAAAAUAAGGAUUUCAAGAAUUAUCUGUAAGGUUUAAUUCUUUAUUUA